AUAGGCACAUUGUAUAUACGAAGAAUGAUAUUGGAUUGUUUCAUGUUCUAGAGUUUGAUCUCAGAGAUCCAGAAGGCCAUUUCUGUUAGAAUCUCUCGAAGAAAUCAGAAAUGGCCACCGAUGGCAAUACGAAGACGAAUCCUUCUCUCCUUCCUGAGAUCGGACCUGAUGGCCUCGCAAGAGAAGCCCCCGUCAUCGCCUAUACCGAGAAGAUAAUAGCGGAAGAGCAGGUUCAAUUAAGGAAAUAUAUUGAAGAAAACUAUUCUAAAAUUCGUGAUGUUGAACGAGAGCUAACAAAUCUUUCAAUGGAGAUGAAACUCACAGCUGGGCCAAAGAAGGCAGCACUUGAACAUAUGAGAAAGAAAAUAGAAAUGUCGACCGAGAGAAUUCGUGUUGCUAAGCUGAAGGAAGAACAAGCACAUAAGGCAUGGGAAGCGGCGUCAAAAGCUGUAAAGGAUGAGGAAGCAAUUAAGCAGAAGCUAUGUGAAGACUUGAGUAAUCUGGUUCAAGAGAGCAGUAGCACCCAAUUUGCUAGACUCGAGGAGUUAAAGAGGCGGUUAGAGGCUCUAAACCCAAGCAGAUCAUCUAACUCUGUCCCCGAUGAUAGAAAAUCGAUGGCACCUGCACUGAGUACCCCAACUCCUGAUGCUUCCUCAGUUCCUGGUACAUUAGAACCAGCCGGUGGAGUAGCUGAAAACAGUUCCAGCAAAGGAAAUGGUGGAAAUGUUUUAGUCUUGAAUGGCCAGAAUCAACAGCCAUCUGUUGAAGGUGAAGGGAAAGGAAAGAAGAAAAGUAUGAUCCAUGGGAGAGGAAAGGGAAUUGGAGCAGUACCUAAGGGUAGAGGGUCUUCUGCACCUGGCUGGACUGGGGCUGGAUUCGAUGUGGAUGGUAGAUCUUGAGCCAUUUCAGAAUCUCAUUUUUGUGCCAAAAUUGUGAUACGUAAGACUUCCGAUGCUCUUUUACUAGUUAUAUUGUUUUAGUUCUUUUUUUUUUUUCAUUAAUCUGUGAAUUGAUGUUUUCUUUCUCAUGUAUUAUUCCAAUUACCUACAGAUUGCUGAUAUAAAGUAUAUGGCAAUCUGACAUUCCUUAAAUCUCAGUGCUCUUGUAUACU